UUCAGGCGCGUGAAUCUUCGGUUGAAUUGAGCUCGCGCUGUUGUUUUGGGUUGAAUUGUCCUCCGGGAUCCAGCAGGUAUGUUCGCUGCGGGGCUGACAGAAGCCCUCUUCGGCUUUCAGCUAACCUGGCUUCAUAUUCAUGUCGCGUUCGGCGCGCUCUGCAUCAUCGUCAUCGUCCACAAGUUGACUCUGUUGACGGCCACGAGAAAAAGUCUGCUGCGAGACGUUGAAGCUUUUCCAGGACCACCGGGGAACUGGCUGUUCGGACAUGUCUUACAACUUAAACAAGAUGGAACAGACUUGGAGAGGGGGUUGAAGUGGGGAGAGCAGUACCCCUAUGCCUUCCCCAUGUGGUUUGGCCCUUCUGUCUGCUUUCUCAACAUACAUCAUCCAGAUUAUGCCAAAACAAUACUGACAACAACAGAACCAAAAGAUGAUUUGGCCUAUAGGUUUAUCGAGUCAUGGAUCGGAAACGGAUUACUGGUGUCAAAAGGUCAGAAGUGGUUUCGACACAGGAGGCUCUUGACCCCGGGCUUCCACUAUGAUGUCCUAAAGCAUUAUGUCAACCUGAUGUCAGAGUCUGCACAAGUUAUGCUGGAUAAAUGGGAGAGCUAUGCAAACACCUCUGAGACGUUUGAGUUGUUUGAACACGUGAGCCUCAUGACGCUGGACAGCAUCUUGAAGUGCGCCUUUAGCCACAACAGCAACUGCCAGAGAGAGGGGGAAACAAACAAAUACAUCAAAGCUGUGUAUGAGCUGAGCGAUCUGAUCAGCUUCCGGAUGAGAACGUUUCCAUACCACAGUGACCUUAUUUUCUACCUUAGCCCACAUGGUUUCAGACACAGGAGAGCAUGCAAGGUGGCUCACAGUCAUACACAGGAAGUAAUAAGGAAGAGGAAGGAGGCACUAAAGGAAGAGACCGAGUCGAGUCGCAAGAGAAACUUGGAUUUUUUGGACAUCUUACUCUUUGCAAAAGAUGAGAACCAGCAGGGUCUGUCAGAUGAAGAUAUACGUGCAGAGGUGGACACCUUUAUGUUUGAGGGCCAUGACACCACGGCCAGCGGCAUCUCCUUCAUCCUGUACUGUCUGGCCAGCCACCCAGAGCACCAGAAGAUUUGCAGAAAUGAGGUGAUGGAGGCCCUGGAUGGAAAGGACACCAUUGAAUGGGAGGAUCUGAACAAAAUUCCCUACACAACAAUGUGCAUAAAAGAAUCGCUACGCCUUUACCCUCCUGUGCCAGGAAUAUCAAGGAAACUCACCAAACCCAUCACCUUUUUUGAUGGAAGGACCUUACCAGCAGGUUUUAAAGUUGGAACAAGUGUUUUUGGAAUUCACAGAAAUGCCACGGUCUGGGAAAACCCUGAAGUUUUUGACCCGCUCCGUUUUCUCCCUGAAAAUGUUUCCAAGAGAUCACCUCAUGCUUUUGUGCCUUUCUCUGCUGGGGCGAGAAACUGCAUUGGUCAGAAUUUUGCUAUGAAUGAGAUGAAGGUGGUGAUCGCCAUGACGCUAAAGAAAUACCAGCUGAUAGAGGAACCCAGUUUGAAGCCCAGGAUAAUUCCUCGACUGGUUCUGCGCUCACUUAAUGGAAUUCACAUCAAGAUCAAACCUGUGGAAGCACAGAAGUAAAGGGAACAUAAAAUAACUGCAGUUAAGAAAAACACUUGGGAUAAUGAAUAAGCUGUUUUUUAAACUAUUUUGUGUAUUUUGCUAGCAAAAAACUUGAAAUUUGUAAUUGUUUAGUGUCAAAGCAGUAUAGAGGAAACAUGUUUUUUAAUAAGGAAUUAAAGUUUGGUUGCACUUUGCAAAUCAAGAAAAGACUGAGAAUGUUUGUGAAACUUUAGUUUUAAUAAAUGUUAUGACUCAUCUGUG